GGUUGGACAAAUUAUUGCCAUCAAAGCAAAGGUGAACGGAGUUUUCAAAACCAGCAUGGAGGUUGGCAUCAAGGUUACAGUACAGGACGUUUUGACUAAUGUUGAAAAAAUUGUGAGUGUGGCAUAUGCAGAGGAAGGGAGAUACCUAAUGGUAUAUUACAGUUUGCAGAAGAAGCAAAUUAGAACAGUUUUACCAAAAACUGAAGUCCAGCUUGUCUCUGAAAGGUUAAUGGCUGAAUUGAUUGAAUUAGAACCUGUAAAGCUUCUGUCUACAGAGGACCACCUGGAGCACACCCUGGCUAUUGAGGGAAGAUUAAUCCAACUUGUCUAUGAACGUGUCUUUCAGAACCUAAUGCAGGAGAGUAAUAAGGAAGGUGAUUACUGUGACACUUCUGAAGAGGAAGACACAGUUUCAACUGACCUUACUCAUGUACAGAGUAUUGAGCUUGUCCAGCCUCCUUAUGCAAACCAUCAUGGAAACACUUUUCAUGGCCAGAUCAUGGCUUGGAUGGAGACAGUGGCAAGUAUUUCAGUAAGCCACCUUUGUCAUUCAUAUCCUGUCUUGAAAUAGGUGAAUACGUUUAAAUUCUGGGGACCGUCCGUCGUGGGUGACCACCUUGUCUUCAAUGCAAUUGUGAACAAUACAUUUCAGAACAGUGUGGAGGUGGGUGUCCAUGUUGAGACUUUUAACUGUGAACAAUGGAUCAAGGACCAAGCACAACAUAUUAACAGUACAUUUCUCAUAUUUAACACUGUAAAUGACAAAGGAGAGAGGCUCACCUUCCCCAGAAUCAAACCUACUACAAAGGAUGGUAUGAGGUGAUACCAUGGAGCUAUUGCGUGAAGGAGACGUCGACUAGCAAGAAAAUGCAUGCUGUCUGCUAAAGAAGACAAACCUUCUGAUCCCUGGGAGAGAAGCAACCAGGCAUAUGUGAGUUACAGCAAUAUAGCUGCACUGACACAUCUAGCAGCAAAACCAGGAUGGGAAAUAACCAGUACACUUGUGUACGGAAGGGUUAAAAGAUGGAAUUUUGGUCCGUGGAUGGAUACUGGAGGGGUGAUGUCACUCAAAGUUGAAAUGCAAGUGAAGAUACCGUCAUAUCUAGCUUUCUCCCUUUUGUCUGACUUCACAUUCCACCAACAAUGGGAAAAACAUUUCAUAACUUGUGAGGUCCUACAGGCUGUGAAUGAAGAUGAGAAACUAUAUUACAUCUCACCUGUGACUGGCCAUAAACCCAGAGACUUUGUGAUUCUUGUAUCUCAAAGGCAACCCUGUAAGCCAAGUGAACCCUACAUAGUAGCUGUAAAGUCAGUUACCCUCAUGUCUAUGCCACCUUCUCCAGAACACUGCAGAAGUGAAAUCCAUUAUGCUGGAUUCCCGAUCUACAGUGACAGCAACAGCUCCUGUACGGUGUAUUACUUCAAUCAGGUGACAUCAGGUGUUAUGCUGUACUUAGCUGCAAAUCUUACUGGCUCAUCAAAAUCCAUUGAAGGCACUGCUUUGGAAUGUAUAAAGUUCUUGGAGCUGAAAGGCAGCCAGUAG